AUGAGGCCGACACUACCCCUGCGCGUCGGGCUCUACCGUCACCUAAAGCUCACGACCAAGGAUGUCAACAAGGGCUUCUACAAGGGAAACCGCACUGGCUCUAUGGGUCGCCACACAAAGUUUGGAGGAUACGUGAUUGAGUGGAACAAAGUGCGCACAUAUGCUGUGCCGCAGAACUUGAAAGACUUCAAGCUUACGCCGUUUGUGAGUCGACAAGUCUACGCCGAGUCUGGCGAUUACAAGGGUCUGGCGAAGGGCGCGUCCGACCCGCACUUCUACGUCGAGCAAUGGAAACGGUACAACGGCGUGGACUAA